AUGAAUAUAAAAACAGUCAAUUAUACAAAAAUAAAUAAAUGGUUUUUUUAUUCUAAGUGUUUCAAAAUUUAUAUCUUAAAAACUGCAUUUGUAAAUUUCAACAGCAUAAAAGCAGAGCUGACUCAGAUAAAUUUUGAGAAGUUAGAUUUUGGUGACACAGAAGCACUGGAUAAGUUUUACAAUGCUGAUGUAGCACUUGUGGAUAUGAGUCUUGAAUAUCAGCAGCUGUCCUUGUCAUACCACAUUGGUGUCAGAGAGAGCAUGUCAAUGCCAGAAACAGUCAUACUUCUGCAUGACACUAAUCCUGGCUUCACAAUCUCUGUUAAUUUGACAAGCAAGAAAACAGAUUUCUUUCCUUAUAAAUUGGGCAGUGAUGGGAAAUGUGUUGUAGUGGAUGCAGGAGCCACAGCAGCCGAACCUUCUGGCACCAAAACUUUGGAGAAGUCUCAAACAUUGCUACAUUUCUUAAAAAAAGUUAUGAAAAGAGUUGAAACAACUAGCAAAAUCCACAUCAAAGAAAAGUUUUUGUCUGAUUUGAGGAAAAUCAGAGAGAACAAUAAAGGACCAGAUCUUGAAAGGGUAGUUGUCUCGAUGAGAGACAGGAUGGAUGACCCUCAGUUGCUAUCAUCUGACAUUGUCUUCAACAUGCUACUCUCCUACAGAGAAAUUCAAGAUUACAAUGCCAUGGUGACAUUAGUUGAGGAGAUUGAAGAUGUUAGAAGUCAGGUUAAUGAAACAAUGGCCAUCCAACAACUUUAUGCCUUUGCUCUCAACAGGCGUAAGAAGCCAGGUGAUAGAGACAAAGCAUUGGAAUUUCUAUCCCAUUUGCAGUGCAUAGAACAGAUGGAGACUCCGAUUCCUGAUCUAAUCUGCCUAUUGGGACGUAUUUAUAAGGACAAGUUCACGGAUUCUGGGAGGCAAGAUACUGAAGCACUUACCAAUGCCAUUAAAUGGUAUCAGAAAGGUUUCGAAGCCCAACCCAACGAGUAUGCGGGCAUCAACCUUGCCACGCUGCUUGUCAUCUCAGGAGAAAAGUUCUCACAGUCUACUAAGUUGCAACAAAUCGCCCUCACACUGAACAAUUUGAUUGGGCGCAAGGGCUACCUAUCAACACUCACUGACUACUGGACCGUUGCCACAUUUUUUGAGAUUAGUGUCUUGGCAGAGGAUUACAGCAAGGCAGUGCAAGCAGCUGAGUGUAUGAUGAAGUUGGAUCCGCCCGACUGGUACCUAAAGUCCACCAUGGAAAACAUCCGACUGAUUACGUCAUCCAGACAGGAAGAAAAUAUAAAUCACAACAAGAGAGAUAAAGAGUUGUUCAACUUCUGGAUUGAUUUCUUUGAAGAAGGUGUAGAAAAAGAGAAAAACGAAAAUUAUUUUUUUACACCCGUUCUUAUUCUAGAGCCUCAGAAAGUAUUGAUGCCUAGUCACUUUCAAGCUAACAUGGAUGACGAAGGGAGUCAAUCAAUCCGCAUCUGGCAUGUGGCUCCCCCGGAAGAUAAGAAGAUCCAUGAAUGGAAGUUCAUGGCCACCUCACUGAAGUCCGUCAGUCAUUACAAGAGGGACAACAAAGCCAUGCUUCUCUAUGUCUAUGAUAACUCGGAUGAUUUCCAUAUCUUCUUUCCUUCUGAAACUCAUAAGCAGAGAUAUUACGAACUAGUAGUAAAGAUGAUGGAGAGUGUUGGCAAUCCAAUAAAUAUGGAGUUGGACAUGGAGGGAGAAAUAAGAUCAACUGGAAUAAGAUACGAGUAUGAGAAAGAUAGCAGAGGUCAGAGGGUGAAGCUGGGUCAAGGUUCAUACGGCUGCGUGUAUGCUGCCAGGGACCUCGAUACACAAGUUAAGAUUGCCAUCAAGGAAGUUCCAGAGGACAGCCAAGUAGAUUUUCAGAUAUUACACCAAGAAAUCUCGUUGCACUCAAAGCUAACAAACCCUCACAUCGUCAAGUACCUAGGAUCACUGAGCGAGGAUGGUUACUUCAAAAUUUUCAUGGAGCAAGUGCCUGGAGGUCUCUUAUCAACUUUGUUGCGAGAGAUAUGGGGUCCUUUGAAGGACAAUGAGAAUACCAUUAUAUUUUACACCAGGCAGAUGGUCAAAGGAUUGGAGUACCUGCACAAGAAUAAGAUUGUACAUAGAGACAUCAAAGGCGACAACGUCCUCAUAAAUACAUUCAACGGGAAUCUUAAGAUAUCUGACUUUGGAACUUCUAAGAGAUUGGCAGGCAAAAAAGCGGCUGGUACUUUUACAGGUACAAUGCAGUUCAUGGCUCCAGAGGUCAUUGAUAAGGGUAUGAGAGGUUAUGGACAGCCUGCAGAUAUCUGGUCACUUGGUUGCACGAUUAUAGAAAUGGCCACUGGGAAGUUACCAUUCUUCGAGUUGGGUUGCCCACAAGCUGCCAUGUUCAAGGUUGGCUACUACAAGAUCCAUCCUGAAAUACCUGAGUGUCUGUCUGAAAACGCUAAGGAUUUCCUGCUCAAAUGUUUUGAACCAGUUCCAGACAAACGACCAACAGCAUCUGAACUGCUUGAACAUUCAUUCUUAGCUGAGUUAAAGACUAACAAGGUGAAAGAUGGAAGUGAAUUUAACAGGAGUUUUUCUAGUUACGAAAUUUCAUUUUCAGUCAACAGAAAGCUCACUCAUUAUUGUAUGAAAUUAUGUAGUUCAUUCAGGCAUGCACCAUUCAUUAACAGCCACGUAAACAUUACAUCUCAUUGUACGUUCAUGCAUUCCUGCAGUGAGUACACUAGUAGCAUACCGAACUCUUCCCCAUCUCCCAUUCCCGAUUACACACUGAUCCCAGACACCGCUGGCGUCAGGGAGGGAGGGUUCAGUCUGACCAAAAAAGAUUCUGAGAGAAGGACGACUCUUGUCAAUUUGCUAAAUGAAGAUAAGGAGCAGAUAUGUGAGAGGUGGUUGAACACAGUUUCAAAAGAGGCUAACACUUCAAUUCACAGAGUGAACAAGGUUUUUAUUUUACAAAACAAGGUGUUGAAACAGAGGAAGAUACCUCCUCAUUGGAUGUUUCAUCUUGACGACCUUCUAAGAAGUGCAGUUCAAAGUGCAAUAACUGUUUUGUCUCCAGGUUGCAAUCUUCCUUAUAACUUUUUUGUUUCUAUUAAUUGUUUGAUAUUUUUGUGCUUUUGUCGGUGUGUGGCUAGUUGA